GGGUGUCCGGCCGCUGUUUGCUCCCAGUUCCCUCUCAGCGCUCCCAGUAAGAGCGGGACUGGCAGGGAAAGCGCUCCCAAUUUCCUCUCGCUGAUCUCAGGAUCCCUCCGGUGCUCCCAGGAUCGCUCCCAGUGCCGCGCGGGGCGGGGCCGCUUUGGGAACCCCCCCCAGGGCAGAGCGCGGCUGCUUUUGAGCGUCGGCACUGCCCGUGUGGGGCGGGGAGCAGAGGAGGAGCGGGAGGAAGAGGCGGGACAGAGGAGGGACAGAGGAGGAGGAAAAGGAAGAAGAGGAGCCGGAAGUGGAGAUAGAGACGGACGAGGAAGAGGAGCAGCAGCACCAACACCGCGUGGUUCCCCCGCUCAGGCCGCAGCCCCCCCGCCUCCAGAACCCACAGAAGGAUUUCCCGUUCCUAAACCUUGGCCGGAUGGAGGAAGAGGAGGCUGGGAGGAAGAAGAAGAUGGCCUGGGAGCCCCAGGCAGACACUGAGCUGAGGGUGGAGAGCAGGGAGGAUGAGUCACCACAGCAGAACCUCAUGGAUGAGGCCGUUUUGAGCUGUUCCACUGCACAGGAAUCCAACGUGGAGGAAAAUCCCCAGAGAUCCCGCACAAGGAAGGGCUGCAAACGUAGCCCAGGGAGGUCAGAGGAGGAAAGAUCCACCCUGGGACAGGAUGGUGGUCAGAGCUCAGAGCUGGGGGUCCCCGAGCAGCUUCCCAAUGGGGAGAAGCCCCACAGGUGUGGGAAAUGUGGGAAGAGCUUCAGCCGAAGCUCAGCCCUGAUCCGCCACCAAAGGAUCCACACUGGAGAAAGGCCCUAUGAGUGUGGGGAGUGCGGGAAGAGCUGCAGAGACAACUUUGACCUGAUCAACCACCAGAGGAGCCACACUGGGGAACGGCCAUAUGAGUGUGGGGAAUGCGGGAAGAGCUUUCAGAGAAGCUCCACUCUUCUGAAGCAUCAGCGGACACACACAGGUGAGAGGCCCUAUGAGUGUCCCAAAUGUGGGAAGAGGUUUCAGACAAGCACCCAUCUCCUCACACACGAGCGGAUUCACACAGAUGAGAGGCCCUUCCGCUGCCCCGACUGCAUGAAGGGCUUCAAAUAUAACACCGACCUCAUCAAGCACCGGCGCAUCCACACCGGGGAGAGGCCCUACGAGUGUGAGGAGUGCGGGAAGAGAUUCACCCAGAAGUCGAACCUGAUUGUCCACAAGAGGAUCCACACCGGUGAGAGGCCCUAUGAGUGUGGGCAGUGUGGGAAGAGAUUCAGCCAGAGCUCUGAGCUGAUGCUUCACCAGAGGAUCCACACUGGAGAACGGCCUUACGAGUGUCCCGACUGUGGGAAGACCUACAGCCGUAACGAUCACCUGAUGAUCCACCAGAGGAGCCACACCGGGGAGCGGCCCUACGAGUGUGGGGAGUGCGGAAAGAGGUUUCAGAGUAGCUCAGAUGUCCUCGUACAUCAGCGGAUUCACACGGAUGAGAGGCCCUUCCGCUGCCCUGAGUGUGGGAAGGGCUUCAAGCACAACUCCACCCUCGUCACCCACCAGCGCAUCCACACUGGGGAGAAGCCCUACAAAUGUCCCCACUGUGGGAAGAGCUUCAGCCAGAGGUCAGCCUUGACCCAACACCAGUGGAGGCACCACUAUGAAAGCCCUGUGAGUGCCCCAAGUGUGCAAGGAGUUUUGUGCACUGCUACAAUUUCAUUACCCGUGGCAGUAUUUGUGCUGCACGAUGCCCAGUGGGUACAGCCCCAAUGAUGUGUGGUGCUAGUAAUCUGUGUUGGGAAGGCACCUGGCUGGGGGCUCCACCUCUUAAAGGCUCCAUGUGGCCUUGAUUAUUUUUUCAUUUCUCUCUUUCCUUUCAAAACGCCCCAAACCAGGAUAAAAAUAGAAAAAAAUGAAAAAAAAAACCAAGGAUGGGGACAUGUGGUAAUCUUCCAGGGGAUGUGGGGGCUGCUGUGUUCCAGGGAGUUGAGGGUUCCUGGAUGGGACUUGGGGUUGCUCAGGGCUUUGGGCACCCUAGGCUGGGUGACUCUGGCUGCACUGGGAGACCCUGGAGGAGGUUUUGGGGCAGCUGAUCAAGGACCCCCUGCCCUAGAACUGACCCCAUGACUCCCUGUCCUGGUUCCCCAUGUUCCCUGUCCACGAUCCCCCUCUCCCUGCUGUCACUCCCCCUCCUCCCCACCUGUUCCCACGUCACCGCACUCCUUGUCCCAUCCUGCUCCCAUCCCAGUCUGGAUUCCAUUCCCAGUCUUAUUCCCCGUCCUGGUCCACUAUUCUUUGUCUGGUUGCCGGUCCCAUAUUCCCAGGCCCAUAUUCCCUCUCCUGUUCCCGUUCUCAUAUUCCCAGUCCUGCUGCCGGUUGCGCUUCUGUUCCCAUAUUUCCAUUUCUAUGUUCCCAGUCCCAUUCCUGUAUUCCCGUUUGCGAUCCUGGUCUCAUCUUCCUAAUCCCCAUCCCAUAUUCUCUCUCCGGUUCCGGGUUCCAUAUUCCCUGUCCCGGUCCCAUAUUCCCUGUCCCCGUCCCUAUCCCUUCUUACCCACCCCCCCCACGUGACCAGGGAGGUUCCGCGCUGCUCCCGCCCACCAAUCCCAGCGCGCGGUCACUACUGUAUUUGCAUAACCACGCCCUUCGAUUUGGCCCCCGCCCACCGCCGGCUGCACCCGUGUCCGGGCGCUGUUUGCUCCCAGUUCCCUCCCAGUGCUCCCAGUAAGAGCGGGACUGGCAGGGAGAGCGCUCCCAAUUCCUUCCCGCUGAUCUCAGGAUCCCUCCCGGUGCUCCCAGGAUCGCUCCCAGUGCCGCGCGGGGCGGGGCCGCUUUGGGAACCCCCCCAGGGCAGAGCGCGACUGCUUUUGAGUGUCGGCACUGGCCGGGUCGGGCUGGGAGCGGAGGAGGAGCGGGUGGGAGAGAGGAGGAGGAGGAGGAAGAACAAGAACAGGAGGAGGAAGGAAUAGGAGCAGCAGCAGAAGCACGCGGUGCCCCCGCCCGCCCGCAGCACCCCCAAGUCCAGCAGCAUCGCCCCUCCCCAGAACGCGCAGCUGAGCGGGGCCGGGGGGGUUGGCCCCAAAUCCAUCACGGAUAUCUCCAGGAGGUUUUGGGUUUUUUUUGUGGGGUAGGGGAUGCUUGGAUCUUCCAGAACCCCAGAGCUGAGCUGGAAAUGCCCAUUUCGGGGAUCCUGGGGAGGUCCCACGUGGCGAUCGCCCAGUAAUGCCAGGCACAGGGGUGAUAUCCGGAUAUCGGUGAUAUCCCGGGAUGUCGGAACUCAGGACAUCCCUCUGGGAUUCCAGAGUUGCCGGGACCCCUGCCAGGAAGCUCAUACCCUGGCACAUAGCCCAGAACAGCGGUGGGUUCAAUUAUUGCCAGCUUUGUAUGAAGACCUGAAAGCCACAGCAGUUUAAAUAGUGUAAUAAUAAAAUUACCACUGGGUGAAAAUGUAGGUUUUGGGAUUUUUAGAAUAGGGGUUUUGGGAACAAGAUGGAGGGACUUGGGCGUGUCUAGCCUUUCUUCUUCUCUACCUCCAUCUUCACUGGUGAUGCUGGCACUUUUGGAUUGGUUUAGAGUAGAAACUCACUGUCUAACAUAGGUGAUAGGUACUGGAAAGUAAUUGUAAACAUGUUAUACAUAGGUUUUAUUAUAAAGAGAUAACACUGCCCGGGGGCAGGCAGAGUGCCUCUGACUGUCCUGCUGAGCAGACCUCGGCUGGGCAGGAGGAAAAAUUUUACAGAUAACAUACAAUAAACAAUUCAGAGACUGAAAA